UGACACCGAUUCACUCACAGUUUAAGCUCCUUCACUAGCACCAUCACUACCUCAGGCAUGCUACGAAGUACGCAUGCUUUUUCCAACGAUGUGGGUCCUCGGUUCUGUUCUUCUCUUCAUUCUGUUCAGGUCUUUUGUGUCCAUAACAUCAGGUCUGAGGAACAUCACUGCUAGACCUGGAGAUGACGUCACUCUGACAUGUGGAGACACAAACAUCUCAGAGAAUCUACUUCUAGAGUGGAUCAGAACUGACCUGCAGGAGAAGGAAUGUGUGAUAACAUACAGGAGUUACAACAUUGAUCCAGACAAUCAGCAUGAAUCUUUCAAGAACCGAGUGUUUCUGAAGGACAGUGAAAGGAUGAAGGAUGGAGAUCUGUCUGUGGUUCUGAAGAACCUGACCAUGAAUGACACUGGAAAAUAUGAGUGUAGAUUUCUACAACACAAUGGUUCACACAGAGAAAUGAAGCCGAUCUGCACCGUCCAUCUGUGGGUGGUUCCUCCAGGAGAACAAGGAGGACUGAGUCCAGGAGGUAUAACUGGGAUUGUGCUGGCAGUUCUUCUUGCUGCUUUUGGGCUUGUUGUUGGUGGUGUUCUUGUUGGUUUCCCGUUCUACAGGAAGAAAAAAGGUCCAAACCAAAAUUCCAGUGGUUCCAACAACCAGCAGAAUCCUGAACAGAAUAAUCUAAACUCAGAUUCUGAUGCAGAGAAAAACACAACAAACACAGAAUCUUCAGUUUGAAUGUCUUUUGUGUUCCUGAACUGGAUCUUAACUUCAGUUCUAACCUCAGUGGUUCUGUGGAAAAGCCCCCCCCCCCCCCCCCCCCCCCCCAAGUCUCCACUUGUUUCUUCAGAAUAGGUGAACAGAUGUUCAGCAGAAGUUUAAACCAGAAAGAGCAUCUAAAUUUAAGUGACUUUAAUAGUUGAAUGAUUCCUCCCUGAAGUCAUCUCUGCUCUCUUUUCUAUUCAUCUCUAACCUCAUGUCUGUCUGCUUCACCUCCAGUCUGAGUUCUUCUCCACUAAAUCAUAUGGCCAAGUAACAAUUAUUUCCUGUUUAACAUACAUGAGACAUCUUGAUAGUGCAUGUUUGUUUUUUAAAUGAAGAAUACUAUUUAACAUGACUCAGGAGCCGGUUUAGCUCGUGCUGGUUUGCGGCACCUUCCGUCCGUGAAACCAGGGUUC